CAGAUAUGCAUUCGAUGCCUAUGGUGAUUGUGUGUAAGUUAUGGUGUUGCUUAUAUUUUGGUUUGUGUGUAUUUUUGAAGUUAUAUUGCAUUGAGUGGAUAAAGCAGUGUCCUGGUGCCAAUAUCUUGCCUUGAAAAGAAGUUCCAAGCACAGCAAGAAAUCUGUUGUAAUGGCUUCACUGAUUCGAAGAAGCGGUAGAUUGCAGCUUGCAGAGAUUAUGAAAAGGCCAAAAGUACACGCUGCGCAUGUCAACCUGGGCGAUGAUGACGAAGAUUCUGUGGAAGAUGGUGGUGCCAAUGGGAAUGAUAAUGCUGGUUCAGAUGUGUCUGGAGAUGAUGCAGUGAGUGGGGGAGAUGAAAGCGGGAAUGCAGAAGAGGAGACUGACAGUGAUGAUGCAUUUGAUGACCCACCUCGGAAGACAUCAACUGACCCUUCACCGAGUGCUUCGAGGAAGAAUGCUGCAAUAAGGCGGGAAGUUGUUAGAAUUGGGUUUGGGUCUAUGUUAAAGAUCAAGUUAACAGAGCUUCCGGCGAAACUAGGAUUUUGGGUGGUAGAGAAAUUUAAUCCUAGGAGUAGCAGUAUUGAACUUGCAGAUGGAACGAAGGUGCGUGUUACGGUGGAUGAUAUUAGACACGUUUUGGGUUUGCCGUGUGGGCGUGCUAAGGUGUUUUACGUGGACCGAGUGGUGCUCUAUAGAAGGGACGUUGAGAGAAUGUCGCCUGCAUUUCUGGGAUGGACAUCUAAGAUCCUGAGGGAUAGGGAAAACAAUGAGGUCAGAGCAGGUGGAUUCGGGUUGGGGUAUGACGAUGGUAGAUUUGUUGGUGAGGUGAUGGAUGCGAGCUCUGGUGACACAGAUGUUGGGGCAGAAAAUGGAAGAGUUCUGGCUACCACAAUCAUCGACCUAGUGUCGUUGAUUGAGAGUGCACCACCUGGUACCAUGGAGAAUGAUGUGUUCAAGCAGCUGCAGCUUGCAGCGGGUAGAUUAUUGGGUCUGGCACAACGUAGAGGUGGUGGAAGCUUAGAAACACCUGAUGGAGGAUUUUCUAAGGUGACUUAUGAUGAAGGUUUCUGGAGCGACCCUGCAAACAUAGAUCAGUUGGUGGCGAAUGAACAGGCAGUGCUGGCACGUUCAAAAUACAAGAAGAUCCCGGAGGAUAUGCCAUCGUUCAGUCUGGGGUUCUCGCAAUUGGAUGGAGAGAAUGAGAAUGCAGUUGAUAGGGAUUUGGCUGGUGGAAGCAGGAAUCAGCCGGACAGGAUUGGUAUGACAGCGGUGAAGCCAUGCAAUGCAGCAAGGAAGUUGGCUAGGACAUUAAAACCUGCGGGCCCUUUGAGAUCACCCUACCUUACACGACUGAUAGAUCUUUCCGAUGGGUUAUCUGUCAUGGAGAGGAGGGUGACGAAUUGGGUGUUGCAGAAUCCAAAUGCUCCAAAGGAUGAAGCUGUUUUCAUGAAGGAUGGAUUGGAGUUGAUAAGAGGUGAAAUUGCGUCGUUGGAUAUUGGGAAACAUAUUUCCAAGAGGGUGAUAGAUGUGUGGUCAACAAUACUCAACCACAAUGAGAAAUUCAGAAGUGACGAAUCCCCGUUGCGUGUGUUUGCUAGGAGCAUGGAUUGUGUUGCAAAUGGGGAUAUAGUCGAUGUGUCUGAGGCGAACGUGAAGAACAUGUUUGCGAAUGCGCUGCUUCCUGCGUGGGAUGACAUGGCAGAUGAUUUCAACUGGGGGAAAGCUGAACUGAACUGGGCAUAUGUGUUGUGUGUUGACCUAAAAAGCAGAAGGUGUGACAUCCUGGAUAGCUCUUCAGCGAAAGAAAAAAACGAAGAUAGAUAUGGUGACAUGCCAAAGCGAGUUAUGCUUGUUUACAAAGGUAAAUGUGUUAGAGAAAUGCUUGCUAAGAGAAUUAUGUUUCCUUGGAGAGAUCCGAAGGCUACAUUUGACUAUGGUGUGGUGACCAUGCGUCAUAUGGAGACGUAUAUGGGGGAUGGUGGCAAGGGAUGGAACAGUGGCUUGUCGAAGUUAAAUCAGAAGCCUAUGCUGUUGCUGCGCUGCAAAUACUAUGCAUGUAUACUUUUAAGCCCAGUUAAUGCACUGCUGGACAAGGUUUACAAAGAGUCAGAGAAACUCGAAAGGGAGAGGAAGGAAAAGGAUCCUAAGUGAACCCACCCCUAAAAUGGCUGCAUCUUAUUUUUGUGUGUUUGUUGAAUUAUUUUUAUUAGUUGUUGGUGAAAGUUGGUGACACCAUACAUUGAUGGGAGUGCUAUAAGGGAACUAGUUAUCAGCUCAUAGUUUGGUUUAUUAAUUUUUUUUUGUGUGGAUUUGAGGCAAUUGUUUUUUUGUAGAUGGUGUGAAUGGUUAUGGUUUUUUGAAUGAAGAUGUGGUGUUGCC